CCUUUGCCUUAUUUGUAUUUUAGUUUUCGUUUUGGCUAAAUGGUAGAGUCUAUUCUGUAUUCAGGUACACUCCAAUAUCAGAUCCAGCAGUUUAGGGAUAUUUCGACCUAUUAGUCAAGACUUAUCCUGAUGGAAAAAUGAGUCAGUAUCUAGCCAGCUUGAAGCCUGGUGACACUAUCGCGGUGAGAGGGACAAUUGGGAAAAUUAGAUACUCACCAAAUAUGAAGAAACAUUGGCAUGGCGGUACAGGAAUUACGCCAAUGCUACAAGUAAUCGAGGAAAUCCUAAAGAACCCAGAUGACAACACCAAGGUGUUGUUGCUUUAUGCCAAUGUCUCCCCGGAUGACAUAUUGCUUAAGUAGAAACUCGACUACUCAAAUCUGAAGGUACCCAUUGAUCUGCACUCCAUCUUGGUGACAAUAAUUAUUGACAUGGUUUCUUCCGGACCAAGAAACCGCAGAACUUUUGUUCAGGAUGACUAGAAGAGCGAGUGUCUUCUGGUUAGAGUUUUAUACUACUAGCUAAGGCUUAGUGAUGGAGUAGACGUAUAUAUAUCAUAAACACUCGAGACGGAUUUCCCUACUUACACAAUCUGAAGUCUGCUUCAUAACUUGUGAAAGAAGUAUAACUUCAAUGCCUGUUUUUGUCUGUUCGUUCGUUUGAGAUUUACAGUCUGCUUAAUAAUGGCC